AUGGGCAAUUGCGAAUCUACAGAAGUCAAAGAACGACGUCAACAGAAUGCUAUUUCAAAAAAAAUUGAUAAAGAACUUGCUCCAAAAAAUGAGUUGAGAGAAAAGCUAUUACUCUUAGGGCCUGGUGAAAGUGGUAAAAGCACUUGUUUGAAACAAAUGAAAUUAUUACAUCAUAAUGGCUUUUCUGAUAAUGAAUUAAUGGAAAAACGAAGUGUCAUAUUUUCAAAUGUCGUUCAGAACUUAUCUAGUGUCCUGAUGUUGUUGGAAGAAAAGCAUAUACCAUUAGAUGAUAGUUCCUUAGAGCCUCAGUGCCGUUUAAUACGCAAGUUACAAGAUGAGGAAAUACAAGAAAUCAAUUCUGAACUCAAAAAUGCAUUAUGUAGAUUGUGGGCUGAUAAAGGAGUAAAGAAAGCAUUUGAAUAUCGUCAAGAAAUUCACAUGACAGAAUCGGCAGCAUAUUUUUUUGACAACAUCGAACGUUUGGCAGCAAAAGAUUACAAGCCAACAGUUCAGGAUAUAUUGCAUACGCGAGUUCCAACAACAGGAGUGGUUAAAUUUAUGUUCACGUUUCGUGAAAUUAAUUUUGAAGUUUUCGAUGUUGGCGGACAGAGAUCAGAACGAAGAAAAUGGAUACAUUGCUUCGACGAUUGUGAUGCCAUCAUAUACAUAGCAGCUAUCUCAGAGUAUGAUCAAGUUAUUAAAGAAGACAAUAGUACGAAUCGUUUAAUGGAAGCAAUUGAUCUAUUUUCUGGUAUAGCUAAUAGCCAAUACUUUACUGAAUGCUCAAUUAUACUAUUUUUAAAUAAAAAAGAUUUAUUUGAAAAUAAAAUUAAAAAAGUUCCAUUAAAAAAAUGUUUCACGUCAUAUACAGGAGAAAAUGAAUAUGAGCCGGCCGUCAAGUACAUUCGACGUCGUUUUGUUUCGAAUGUUAAAAAUGGACGUAAACCUUAUGUUCAUGAAACUUGUGCAACUGAUACAACGCAAGUAACACAUGUUAUAAAUAGUGUUAUUGAUACAAUUAUCCAUGAAAAUAUGAAGGAUACUGGAAUGUUGUAG